CUCUGUUUUUCAUCUCCAUUUUGUUGGUUUCCGUAUCAAUUUCUCUUCAUUAUCAUCCGAUGAUGAGAUCUUCAACGAGCUCACAAUCCAAUUUAUGAUUUCAAUCGCGGUGAAUUCCUUCAUGAACAAUUUGAAUUUGAAUUUGAAUGUGAGGAAGAGGAGUUAGUACAUUGAAAUAAACCGAUAAUGGAGUUAGCUGCGCAGUUGAAGCGGGGAAUCUCGCGGCAAUUCUCCACAGGUUCGAUGAGUUUGAGUCGAAAAUUCAGUUUCAACAGGCAGAAUUCUCUCGAUCCACGGCGAAACAACAUGCGGUUUAGUUUUGGAAGGCAGUCGUCUCUCGAUCCAAUCCGUAGGAAUCUAGGCGAUGAUGAACUCUCGGUGCCGGAGAAUCUCGACUCAACGAUGCAACUGUUGUUCAUGGCCUGUCGAGGGGAUGUGAGAGGGGUUCAGGAUUUGCUUGACGAUGGUAUUGAUGUUAAUAGCAUUGAUUUGGAUGGACGAACAGCUUUGCAUAUUGCUGCCUGUGAAGGCCAUGUCGAGGUUACCAAGCUUCUGCUUAGCCGAAGAGCCAAUAUUGAUGCUCGGGAUCGCUGGGGAAGUACGGCGGCUGCAGAUGCUAAACACUAUGGGAACAUGGAGGUUUACAGCGUUCUGAAAGCCCGAGGAGCGAAAACUCCAAAAAUAAGUAAGACACCCAUGGCUGUUGCAAAUCCUAAAGAGGUUCCAGAAUAUGAGCUCAAUCCACUUGAACUUCAGGUUCGAAAAAGUGAUGGGAUCACCAAGGGUGCAUAUCAAGUAGCUAAAUGGAAUGGCACAAAAGUUGCAGUCAAGAUAUUUGAUAAGGACAGUUAUUCCGAUCCCGAAAGCAUAAAUGCUUUCAAACACGAAUUGAUGUUAUUUGAGAAGGUUCGACAUCCUAAUGUAGUUCAGUUUGUUGGUGCCGUCACACAAAACAUGCCAAUGAUGAUCGUUUCAGAAUAUCACCCAAAAGGUGACCUAAGAAGCUAUCUUCACAAGAAAGGGCGCUUAUCUCCAUCAAAGGCCUUAAGAUUUGCUCUUGAUAUUGCCAGAGGGAUGAAUUGCCUGCACCAAUGCAAGCCAGAACCAAUAAUCCACUGUGAUAUUAGGCCAAAAAAUAUUUUGCUGGACUCUGGAGGUCAAUUAAAGGUAGCAGGAUUUGGGUCAAUAAGAUUAUCUAAAAUAUCAAACGACAGGGCAAAGAUAUUGCAGCCCGAGGUUCAAAUUGAUCGUUCAAAUUUAUAUCUGGCUCCCGAAAUCUAUAAGGAUGAGAUAUUUGACAGAAGUGUGGAUGUGUACUCUUUUGGUCUUGUUAUGUAUGAGAUGCUGGAAGGAGUUCAACCAUUACACCCCAAGACACCUGAAGAUGCUGCAAAAUCACUGUGUUUAGAGGGAAAUAGACCAUUGUUGAAGAUAAGAUCUAAAACUUCCCCUUACGAUUUAAAAUUGUUGAUUGAGGAAUGUUGGGAUCCCAAUCCGGUUAUAAGACCAACAUUUUUGGAGAUUAUCACAAGGCUGGACAGAAUUGUUCUCAGUGGCUCUAAAAAUGGAUGGUGGAAAAAGCUUUCAUGGAUAUAAGAGAAGAAGAGGGGCUUUCUGAAUUCUUGGAUUGUUAAUGUUGUUCAUGAUAAUGAAUAGUAUAAUGAGUGGAGUUGAAAGAAAGAAUAAUAAAUUUGUAUUCAAAUGGAAGUAUGUAACUGUAUUGUAAUUGUUCCUUUUGUGUGAUGAGGUGCAAAUCUUGCACUUAUAAAUAAAUGCAGAGUUAUUAUUUCCGUACA